CCUCCCGGUGCAGCCCAGAGGGUCCGGGGCCCAGCUUUCCCGUCCCCACCGCGGCCACAGGCCCCAACGCCUCUAGUCUCCACUCUUCCCCGGUCUGGCCCGUGGAUGUGGUUGGUUACCAUGGUGAAGCUGGCAGCCAAAUGCAUUCUGGCAGGGGACCCCGCAGUGGGCAAGACCGCCCUGGCGCAGAUCUUCCGCAGCGACGGAGCCCACUUCCAGAAGAACUACACCCUGACAACCGGGGUAGACUUGGUGGUGAAGACGCUGCCAGUUCCUGACACGGGGGACAGCGUGGAGCUCUUCAUUUUUGACUCCGCCGGCAAGGAGCUGUUUUCGGAAAUGCUGGAUAAAUUGUGGGAGAGUCCCAACGUCCUGUGCCUCGUCUACGACGUGACCAACGAGCAGUCCUUCCUCAACUGCAGCAAGUGGCUGGAGAAGGCGCGGUCACAGGUGCCGGGCACCUCCCUCCCAGGUGUGUUAGUGGGCAACAAGACAGACCUGGUCAGCAGACGAGUAGUGGAAGCGGCGCAGGCCCAGGAGUGGGCGCUGGGCCAAGGCCUGGAAUGUUUUGAAACAUCCGUGAAGGAGAUGGAAAACUACGAAGCCCCCUUCCAGUGCCUGGCCCGGCAGUUCCACCAGCUGUACCGGGAGAAGCUGGAGGUUUUCCACGCGCUGGCGUGAGGGCUGGGUGCUGCGGGCGUGAGCAGUGGCCCGGCUCCUUGGAAGACGAGAGAAGACGGACUUGCCUCGGCACUUCACCUGUUGUGACAGCUUCAAAUAAAAGGAGAAAAUGUA